CCUGGAGGCGGGGACGCGGCGGUGGCGUCGGCUUCUCUGGUCGACUCUUUCUCACUCACUGGGGAGCCUGGCGGUGGCGGCACCUUCGGAGGCAGAGCUGCAGAACCGCGAGCCCGUGGGCCAGCCAGUGGGAGGUCGUACAGACUCACGGCAGAACCAACCGACGGAGAGCGGGGCAGCCAGACGGCCGAGUCGCUUCAAGUUCCGCCAUGAGCUGGGGCACGGAGCUGUGGGAUCAGUUCGACAGCUUAGACAAGCAUACACAGUGGGGAAUUGACUUCUUGGAACGAUAUGCCAAAUUUGUUAAAGAGAGGAUAGAAAUCGAACAGAACUAUGCAAAACAAUUGAGAAAUUUGGUUAAGAAGUACUGUCCCAAACGUUCCUCCAAGGAUGAAGAGCCAAGGUUUACCUCGUGUGUAGCCUUUUUUAACAUCCUUAAUGAGUUAAACGACUAUGCAGGACAGCGAGAAGUAGUAGCAGAAGAAAUGGCGCACAGAGUUUAUGGUGAAUUAAUGAGAUAUGCUCAUGAUCUGAAAACAGAAAGAAAAAUGCAUCUUCAAGAGGGACGAAAAGCUCAGCAGUAUCUCGACAUGUGCUGGAAACAGAUGGAUAAUAGUAAAAGGAAAUUUGAAAGAGAAUGUAGAGAGGCAGAAAAGGCGCAACAGAGUUAUGAAAGAUUGGAUAAUGAUACUAAUGCAACCAAGGCAGAUGUUGAAAAGGCUAAACAGCAGUUGAAUUUGCGUACCCACAUGGCUGAUGAAAAUAAAAAUGAAUAUGCUGCACAAUUACAAAACUUUAAUGGAGAACAACACAAACAUUUCUACGUAGUGAUUCCUCAGAUAUACAAGCAACUACAAGAAAUGGAUGAACGAAGGACUGUUAAACUCAGUGAGUGUUACAGAGGAUUUGCAGACUCAGAACGCAAAGUUAUUCCUAUCAUUUCAAAAUGUUUGGAAGGAAUGAUUCUUGCAGCAAAAUCAGUUGAUGAAAGAAGAGACUCUCAAAUGGUAGUAGACUCCUUCAAGUCUGGAUUUGAACCUCCAGGAGACUUUCCAUUUGAAGAUUACAGUCAGCAUAUUUAUAGAACCAUUUCUGAUGGGACUAUCAGUGCAUCCAAACAGGAAAGUGGGAAGGUGGAUGCCAAAACCACAGUAGGCAAGGCCAAGGGCAAGUUGUGGCUGUUUGGAAAGAAGCCCAAGGGCCCAGCACUAGAAGAUUUCAGUCAUCUGCCACCAGAACAGAGACGUAAAAAGCUACAGCAGCGCAUCGAUGAACUUAACAGAGAGCUACAAAAGGAAUCAGACCAAAAAGAGGCACUCAACAAAAUGAAAGAUGUAUAUGAGAAAAAUCCACAAAUGGGGGAUCCAGGGAGUUUGCAGCCUAAAUUAGCAGAGACCAUGAAUAAUAUUGACCGCCUGAGAAUGGAAAUCCACAAGAAUGAGGCAUGGCUCUCUGAAGUUGAAGGCAAAACAGGUGGGAGAGGAGACAGAAGACAUAGCAGUGACAUAAAUCAUCUUGUAACACAGGGACGAGAAAGUCCUGAGGGAAGUUACACUGAUGAUGCAAACCAAGAAGUUCGUGGGCCACCCGAACAGCAUGGUCACCACAAUGAGUUUGAUGAUGAAUUUGAAGAUGAUGAUCCCUUGCCUGCUAUUGGACACUGCAAAGCUAUUUACCCUUUUGAUGGACACAAUGAAGGUACUCUGGCCAUGAAAGAAGGUGAAGUUCUGUACAUUAUUGAGGAGGACAAAGGUGAUGGAUGGACAAGAGCUCGGAGACAGAACGGCGAAGAAGGCUACGUUCCUACAUCAUACAUAGAUGUAACUCUAGAGAAAAACAGUAAAGGUGCAGUAACUUACAUCUAAACUAACCAGGCAGCUUUGUGAUAUGUAUAACUAGGAAUGAUAACUUAAAAUGAAAACACAUUCAACAGGUGGGAAAACAUAAGAAAACUUACAGGCAUCCAAGAUUUAUUGUUCACUAUGUGAGCUGAAUGUAGGCUCAAUCUUAAAGAUGUGAAUAUUACCACAAGAAACUGUUCUUGUUGACGCUUUACCAUUUGAGUGAUGUUGGUGUGAAGCUUAAUUGGUGCCUUUUGCUUUAUGUCCUGCUUGAGUCUGUGUGAAGGAUUUGUGUUUUUCUGCCUUAUCAAUCAUAGAAUUUGACCUGGGGCAGGAAUCCAUAAAUAAAAGCUCCCCCCAACACACACACACAUACACACACUUGGCUUCAGAAAACAGUGACUGUAGUGAAUUCAAAUAAGUGAAACUGUUUUGAAGUGCUGUGGAAAGCUGACUCCCAAACGAGUGGUUUGGUAUAGGAGUUUGAAUUUAGCUAUAGUCUCUAAGAAGACAAGUAAUAAUAGUUGGUUAAUUGGAUAAAAUAAGAAUAUAACCAUUGUCAUUUUCUUUCUUAUUCUUUGAUUUUCUAAAAGAAGGGAUAGCUACUUAGCACAAAAUCUAUCAUAGUAGUAGGUGAAUCAAGAAACCUACAAAAUAACCUGGUCUAGCUCUUAAGUGAAUAAAAUGGCUUUCUUUUGAGACCUGAAAAUAUUUUCAGGCUUACUAGUAAUUUUCAGUAAUGUACAAGCUCCCUUCAAAAUUAAUCUAAUGCUUGUAUUUUUAUUUGGGGAAGAAAUAUCACUUUAGUGAAUAUCACUUUAGCAUUUAGCAGUUAUAGUAGGAAAAUAGACUUCAAAUGAGCUAAGGUAGAGGGGAAAUCUUGAACGGAGAUGUACUGGCACAUCUUACUUUGAAAAGAAAAAUAGCUUCUUUGACUAACUGGGUUGGAGGAAGGUAUCUGUACCACCAUUUAGAGCAUUUCCUCAUUUUAGCUGAGUCAUCAAUGAUUAGGAUAGAUUCUUUUUUCCAAGUAAGUGAGGAAGCAGCUAUGAAACUGGUCAUUAAUUUUGCUCAUGUUCCGAAUUUUUCUGGUGUUUUCAGUAGCUGACUAUAAAAUGAGCUUAGGGACAUUUGGGAUGGACACUUUAAACUGAACACCCCUUUUGGUCUUACCAAAGGUCUUCAGUAAUUGUUCUUUUCUUUUUCCUCCUGGACUGCAGGUUCCUGAAGAGGGUUUCUGAGGAAAUGGGCAAGAUGUUGAAGGAGGUUACAUGCAGCUGCUUUUGGGGGGGAGGGUGUUAGAGUUGUCAGGCUCAAAGAGAGAGUGAGAGAAGCAAGUUGCAUGAGUGCAUGCAGACAUCGUUAUUUUUUACUAACUUCAUUAGCAUUUCCAUACAUUGUUUUUAAAAAAUCAUUGUGAGUCUCUAAAUUCCUCAUUCACAAUUAUUCACAUGAAGUGGGGGAAGCAACAAUGGCUAACAUUUUUCCAUUUAUUUUACUGAUGUCCAUAUCAGAGAGAAUGCAGAGCUGUCAUUAAAUUUGUCUUACAUUUGGCUGUCCCACCAGGACCAUCUCUGUCCCAGCUCUGUUUUAAUUGGCUUUUAGAUCUGUUGUCUGUUAGAGCCCUCGCCAUUCGUCAGUGUCUGCCUGCGCCACUUCUGUGUUUGCUUAACAUCCUGUUGCAUGUCUAGAGUGAUUGGGCUAGAUUUUUCAGGCAUGUUGUUAUAAGCCCUUGUUCUUGUCAAAGCUUUAGUUUUGUCUUACAUUUGUAGCGCAAAUCACUUUGUCAAACAUCUCCAGCACUAAUGUUUCCAUCCUAGUGUUUGUGUAUGCUGCUAUAACUUCUCCACUGCAAAACAUUCCAGUUUUGGCAUUACGAAGAAGUAGUUUGUGAACCUGAAGUAUUUAUGAUAAGAAAAAGAAAACAUCUCUGCUCUAGCCUACAGCCCAGUUGAAAGAACUCUUUGAAGCGUGAUACAUCUUCAGCACCUCAGUCUGGGAAGAAUCUAUAGUCAGCACUGAAAUCCUGGCAUAAUAAACACAGAAGAUAACUCACCACCUCAAGACAAAGGACUGUUGUCAGAAGUCAGCUGCUUCCAUUCAAAUGCUGCCUUAAACUAGAGUGCCUAAAUCUGUUGAUUGCCAACACUACCACUACAGUAUCCCACAAAGGGCUUGGUGUCAGCUCAGUGUGACCUCUUUUAACUCUGCGGGGCUGCUGCAGCUGCCGACGUAGCCUCGGUACGUGGCUUUUAGAGCUCUACCAUGUUCAAUGGUGCGUCUUCACAUUUUCGCAUCAAACUAGAGACCCGUUCGAGUCCAUUUGACUGUACUCAGUGUUUUUAUGAGAUGUUUUAUAGACACCCCCAUGGUCUUUUAAUUUGGGGUUACCAUGUUCUCAUUUGAUUAUUACAGUGAUUGUCUGUUUCCAAGUGAUGAUUUUGUUUGAACCAGAUAAAAGUUAGUGAAACUUCAUAAUGAUUUAUGUGCACUUUUACUUGUAAAAUGGAAAUUUCUGUAUGUUUAUACUUGUAAAUAUAGUUGUCGUUAGUGCCCUAUUGCUCCUGUUGUCCUGCCUCGCAUUUGUGCUUCUGUUAAUGACGUGUACCUUAACUGAUUCCUUAGUGGUGUUUAAUAGGGAAAUGAGCGGGGGUGGGGGGUUAUUUCUAACAAUGGAAGCUUCAUUAAUUUCGUUCUUUACUAUUUUGAGGGAAGAAAGAGAAUGUGAAAUGGUCUGUGUAUUGUUGGAUUUUAAGCAAUAUUUUAGAAGCUGUGUGACUGCUUUAAUAACUUUUGCCCAGUGUUAUUUGAAUCGUACUACCAGUUAUACUAAAGCUAAAUGACAGUUGUGUGAAAGUUAAUGCCUUCAUGAGAUCGAGUAUGCCCUUGUACACAGCUGACAUGUAGUGUGUUACUUUUGAGGCUAGUGAACUAUAAAGUUUAGAUUUUGAAUCUUGUUACAGGGUUAUUUAUAUAAUGUGACAUUAUUCAAUACUGACAGACUACAUAAAGUAGUUUUAAAUCCUAGUGCUAUUUGUAUUUUAAAGGUUAGCAAUGAGGAGGAAAUGUGAUCUGGCUAUGUUUGUCUUCUGUACAAAGCCUGAAGUGCUUGUGUUUUUUUGGCUAGCAGCCACAGAGGGCAAAGUUUAAGGUUUUCUUGUAAGGACUAACUGUUCUUUUCAAGCUACUGUUUGUUUUUCUAAAAGCAGGAUUUGCUUCCGUAGGAGGCAAGUUCCUUCAUGUGGAAUAGUGCAACCUGUAUCUGGGUUAUUAUAAUAGGAAGGACAUUUGUACUUGCACAGUUUAAAUCAUUCUUAAAUUUUAAACAUGUGAAUUGUCAAAAAAAACUUGUUUUUUUUUUUUUUCGAUAAUUUCUACUCUUUGUGCACAUGUUGAUUUCUUGAUGGUAAAUGCUUUGUUUAAGAUAGUGUUCUCUGGUGAGAAUAUUUUCAUGGAAUAAAACAAUCUUUUCCUGGUCA